AUGCCGAAACCAAAAAUUCGAUCCACGACAACUGUCCUUGAUACCGCCAUCGAGUGGCCAGAGAUCGCCCCAAAGGAAGAUCUUGUCUGUGUCGAAUAUGAGCCGAAUCAGAUCCUGAUUAUACACGGUUUCCUCAGCCAUUCCGAGUGUGCUGCCUUUGCCAAAUUCAUAGGCCAGCUGAAUCUCGUAAAAACACCCCCUCCAAAGCGCGGAGAAGCAACCAGACUAAAUGACCGACUAAGUAUUGCUUCGUCCUCCUUUGCACGGACACUGUAUUCCGCACUUCAUCCAUAUGUCUCCAACGUCCCAUCCUUCGUUCAGAACCAGAAACCAGUGCCAGUGCCGUGUGGGAUGAACGAAAAUAUUCGGUUAUAUCGAUACUCAAAAGGACAAUACUUUGGCCGACACUAUGAUGAUUCCUGGACUCUCCUUGUGUACGUUACCGGAAGGGAAGAUGGCGUAGAGGGAGGAGAGACUGUCUUUUUUAAGCCAACGAAUGGAAAAAGGCAGACCAUGACUGAAAUAGUUGCACCGCUCCGGCGAGGAUCCGCUUUAUUGCAUCGCCACGGUCGCGAAUGCAUGCUUCACGAGGGGAGAGAAGUCACGGGAGGGACGAAAUUAGUGCUACGUUCCGAUCUUCUUUUCAGCUCUCCUAUCUCAUAA